ACAUUAUUACCGGGUUGGGCGGGACCCGUCUGGGAGGGGUUUGUGGGUGAGCCCUGGGUCCCCCGCCCGCUGAGGAGAUGGAUGAGGACGGGCUUCCUCUCAUGGGGUCGGGCAUAGACCUGACCAAGGUGCCAGCUAUUCAACAGAAAAGAACGGUGGCAUUUCUAAACCAAUUUGUGGUGCACACUGUACAGUUCCUCAACCGCUUUUCUACAGUUUGUGAGGAGGGUAGGGUGGAGAGAGACAAUUCAAGGAUUGUAAGCAGAAAGGAGCAAAUACCCCAUCCACAUACUCCUCAUCACCAGAAACUGGCAGAUCUUUCUCUUCGUAUCCAGCAAAUUGAAACAACUCUCAAUAUUUUAGAUGCAAAGUUGUCAUCUAUCCCAGGCCUAGAUGAUGUCACAUUUGAAGUUUCUCCUGUAAACACCACUGGUAUCACAAAUGAAUCACAUUCUGAAACCACUUCAGAGAAAUCACAGCAGAACAGUUUACAAGACUCUGGACCACAGGAAAGUGAAGUAACACCAGAAAAUAUCUUAACUGUAGCCAAGGACCCAAGAUAUGCCAGAUAUCUCAAAAUGGUUCAAGUGGGUGUUCCAGUGAUGGCAAUAAGAAACAAAAUGAUAUCGGAAGGACUAGACCCAGAUCUUCUUGAGAGGCCAGAUGCUCCAGUGCCUGAUGGUGAAGGUGAAAAAAAUACAGAAGAAAGUUCAGAUAGUGAAUCUUCUUUUAGUGACUAAGCUUAAUUUGAUAACAAUUACAUAUACAUGUGUGGCUAUAAUACAUUUACAUUCUAUAAGAGAACCUGAACUUGAACUCUUAGUCAUAAAAACAUCAAAUGACCAUAUAUCUACCACCAAACUCCCUUUAUGUUAAAAAAAAAUAAAGCAUUUAUUAUCUACCAAAAUACUGAAAAAUAGAAUAACCAAAAUAAAGUGCCUUUAGUGCUGCAGAUACCAAGGUGGGAGACUUCAGGAUGUGAUGAGCAUUGAAAAUGAAGUCAGUGUGAGUUUGGUGAUCAAAAAUAGACUCAAUGCAAAUAAGUGAAUUUGGCUAAGUGAGUUAUUCAAUUUUUGUGACUAUUUUAGCAUGAAAAGCAUUACUGCAUUUGUAUUAUAAGAAUUGCUAAAGAAGUUUCUGGCAGAGACUAAUAUUGGAUUUAAAUUUUUGGUGACAACUUGAAGCUUAUAUGUCAUAGAAAUUAUGAAUUUGGAAUUUAUUGGUAGUAUUUAUUAGCAUAUAGAGCUUUUCACCACUUGUUCAUUAGUUCAUAUACUAUCAAAAUGUCAGAUAUUCUUAGAACAUUAUCAGAUAGAAGUUGAAUUGAAGGUAGUUUCAGUGUGUUUCAGAGUGAGCAGGCAUCAUGUCAUCAACUCUUAUUGCCUGAAGAGAAAAAAAUUUUUAAUAUAAAAUGCUGUCCACACUUCACCUUGCAAAUAAUUCUUCGUGAAUAAUUAUUUGUGUGCAGUCUAGAAAAUCUCUAAAAUACUUACAUGGAAAGAUAUAUAAAUGCAUUUGAUUAAUGGUGCUCAUCUUAGUUUAGCCCACCUGAAAGUAGACCCUGAGAAAAGGACUUGAGGGUAAGUAUGGCAUUUGUGAGGUGAUCAUAGGAAGCAAAAGCAAGAGAACAGGAAGAGCAAGAGGAAGAAAACCCAUACAAAAAUGUAUUAUCAAGGUUGCCAUUAUGAACUUUAAGACCUGAGAAGUUUACAAAACGCCUCGUCAAAAUAUUCAUGUAAUACAGAUAAGAUAAUUAUUGACUAGUUUCCAUCCCCAGCACUUCUGGUCUAUACUUUUAUACGGGAAGGCAGGCUACCCCAACAUUGAGAAAGAACUUGGAACAGAAAGCAGAAAAAUGCAUGGCUCACACUUGUGGUAGGAUUUCACUAGCAAAAAAGGACAAGUAAGUCUGAGUUCCGAACUGUCUAAAUGUAGUUGUGGCUGAUAUCAGAAGUUGACAAGGGGAUGUGAUGUUUGGCAAAAGAGAUGUCUGUUGUUGAAUAAACAAAAUAAAUAAUUCAGAACUGCUUGA